AACGGGCAUUACGAUUUUAAAUAUUAUUGUCAUAAGUUGAGUUGUGGUUGUUGAAGAUGUUACAAAAUGGUAGCGCGUAUCUGGCUCUGCGUUUUUAGUGUUGUGAUACUGCCAUAUUUGACAGCAAAACCAGUGUCAUUGAACAAACUCAUCGAGGCCGAAGAAUCUCUACCGUCUGAGAAUACACCGAGAAUAUCUAUACCAGAUAUCAUCGGGAAACCGAUUUCCUUGAAUAAGCUCCUAGAAGAGAGAAGCAAGCAACUACCACGACCGAGAACUAUUCUGUCAAAAGCAACUCAAGAUAAAACUGCAAAACAGAGAACAGGUCCCUUAGCACCAGGACUGACAAAAUUAACAAAAACAGUUUCAGGUACAAUAUUUUCCCAAAACAAGAACCUAUCUCCGCUACAUUACAGAAAAUCAUUCGAAAUCAAGUCACCAAUAAAACCAAAGAGAGUAACAUUGUUUCAAAGAACGAGUAGACUUCGGAAUCAGUCAGGGAAACGAGAGACAUACCAACAUGGUACCAUCAACAAACAGUAUAUACCGCUACUUCGCAAUCUCGGCGUGCUGUUUGAUAAUAUUCUCGGCCCAGACUCUGGCGAGACCAACUAUGAAGACUACUCCGAAAGCGAGGAGCGAGUAUGCACCUGCGUCUCCAAGAAAACUGGCCGAGAACCGCGUCAAAAGGCAGCUGCUUCUACCAGGAUUGGCGUCACUGAGACCACGCCUCCUGCCCAGACUCCCCCCACGACAACCCCUCCUCCUACCCCUGAUAACGUCAGCCCUGUCGGACGGCAUCAGAACGUAUCCCUACUAUUUACAAGAAAUACCACUAGCGUUUGGCGAAACCAUUUUGGGUUCGAUGCGGGAAGUGGGUCCCCACAUCUCGGAAGCCCUGAGGGACAUAUCUCCGGGGAUAGUGGAGAUGAUGAACGUGAUACCGGAGACGGAGAAACUGGCACCGAUCCAGAGGAUGAUGAAGAAGAUUCCCACCGUCCUCUCGGAGACCAUGCAGGAGACGAUGGACCCAGAAGAGUUAAUCCCGGAUUCGUUGGAACAUCAAUCGUAUCUCGAAAGUUUAAGACCUCGCCAAAUAAAACCGCUGAAGGUCUUGGAGGAUUCGUUCCUGAAUACGAAGGAGAAAUUCAAUUCGAAAUUCGAACAGACGAAGCAAAAGGCUCACGCGUUCUAUCAGAACCUGAUUCAGGAGUACGAGCCCCCGAAGAAGUACAAGCAGAAGAAAAAGACAAUGGCGACUCCUCUCAUCAACAAUUCAUUGUCGGAGAUGGCGAAGAUACCCAAGAAGAUCAAAAACUUCGUGGAUCAUAUGAAGGAGUGAGUUUCAAUAUGUCCGACUUGUCAGAUUUCAAUCCCAACUCGGAUCAGAAUGACAAAUAUGUUAUGAUAUACGAUGGAUAUAGUGUAGCUAGGGAUGUGAAUGGUAAAAACACACUCACAGAAAAAGCAAUUACUAUCCAUUCUUAGCUGAAGUUUAUAUUAAAAUAAUAAGAUAUUUAUGUAUA